CCGAUGUAGCUCAGAGGUUGGGUGCCCCAGCUCAGGCCCCAGGGGCCGAGGACAGACCUGAACACAUUAGCACCUACAGAAGGCCCUCUCCAGCCUGGGCAGAGGAACCCCCCAGUGCAAGGCAUGGGGGUGGGCGGCCCCCCCAGGUUUGGGGCGCCCGCCCCCCGCUAGGCCAAGUAGAGGGGGUCUCCCCGCCCAAUGGGCCUGGCCAGGGCCCUGCGCCGCCUGAGCGGCGCGCUGGAGUCAGGAAACAGUCGAGCAGGCGAUGAGGAGGAGGCAGGGGCCGGGCUGUGCCGCAAUGGGUGGGCGCCGGGGCCAGUAGCUGGGAGCCGGCGGCGCGGGCGCUUCGUUAAAAAAGAUGGGCACUGCAAUGUGCGCUUCGUGAAUCUGGGUGGCCAGGGCGCGCGCUACCUGAGUGACUUGUUCACCACAUGUGUGGACGUGCGCUGGCGCUGGAUGUGCCUGCUCUUCUCCUGUUCCUUCCUCGCCUCCUGGCUGCUCUUCGGCCUGACCUUCUGGCUCAUCGCCUCGCUGCACGGAGACCUAGCUGCCCCGCCGCCACCUGCGCCCUGUUUCUCGCAGGUGGCCAGCUUCCUGGCUGCCUUCCUCUUUGCGCUGGAGACACAGACAUCCAUAGGCUACGGUGUGCGGAGCGUCACUGAGGAGUGUCCAGCUGCUGUGGCCGCUGUCGUGCUGCAGUGCAUAGCAGGCUGUGUGCUCGACGCCUUCGUCGUGGGUGCAGUCAUGGCCAAGAUGGCCAAGCCCAAGAAACGUAACGAGACAUUGGUCUUCAGCGAGAACGCGGUAGUGGCUCUGCGAGACCACCGUCUCUGCCUCAUGUGGCGGGUGGGCAACCUGCGUCGCAGCCACCUGGUGGAGGCUCACGUGCGGGCCCAGCUACUGCAGCCCCGUGUGACCCCAGAGGGUGAGUACAUCCCGCUGGACCACCAGGAUGUGGAUGUUGGUUUUGAUGGAGGCACUGAUCGUAUCUUCCUCGUGUCCCCCAUUACCAUCGUGCACGAGAUUGACUCUGCCAGUCCGCUGUAUGAGCUGGGGCGGGCCGAGCUGGCCCGAGCUGACUUUGAGCUGGUGGUCAUUCUUGAAGGUAUGGUUGAGGCCACAGCCAUGACGACACAGUGCCGCUCAUCUUACCUGCCAGGCGAACUGCUCUGGGGCCAUCGCUUUGAGCCAGUCCUCUUCCAGCGGGGUUCCCAGUACGAGGUUGACUAUCGUCACUUCCACCGAACAUAUGAAGUCCCCGGGACGCCGGUCUGCAGUGCCAAGGAGCUGGAUGAACGGGCAGAGCAGGCUUCCCACAGCCCCAAGUCCAGUUUUCCUGGCUCCCUCACUGCAUUUUGUUAUGAAAAUGAACUUGCUCUGAGCUGCUGCCAGGAAGAAGAUGAAGAUGAGGACACUAAGGAGGGGGCUUCAGCAGAGACCCCAGAUAGGGCUGCCAGCCCCCAAGCUCUUACACCAACCCUCGCACUGACCCUGCCUCCGUGACACAGCUGAGGUCCACUUCCCCGUGUGACACCCCUUCCCAAAGAUGACACAGGUGGAGAGCUUCCAGCCUCUGUUGGGAGUGGGGCAGGGCAGUGGCCUGCUGAGAUAACCAUUCCCAGGAUGUCUACCACAGAUACACCACACCUUUAUUGCUCUGUUCCAUUCUCACUUCCAAGACCCCCCUCAUGAGCUGGAUUUCUGAGUCUCACCAGAGCAGAGGGAUCAGAUUUCUGGACCAUCCAAGAGGCAAGGCAUGGAGGCUGGAUUCUGCUUAGAUAACCGUGAGACACACAGCCACAGGGAGGACGGUGUCAAUUUAUACAGAUCAAGACACAAAGACUCAAGCGACGAUGGCUCUGCUACCUUCAGGAGGGGAGAGGACAGAGUACUUCAAGGAUUCAGUCAGGAUCGUCAGAAUUGACCAAAGACAGAAUGGCAACCGGACGUGUGUGUGAAGGAAAGAGCUGGUGGUUCCAGAGCCCAACAGUCUAGGUUGACAUUGGGGAUCUAGGUUGGCUAGAGAUUGGAACUGCACCAGAAACUGCAAGGCUGUGUUUCUAGAAUAUACACCCAUUGCUAGGUCUCUGAGUUUUGGAAGGACUAAGCUGAUGUGCUGAGGCUCCCAAUGCUGGCUAUUUAGGGUGCAGCUGAUGGGGUGAGUCUGGCUUCUCCAGGAUGCUAGGGGUGAAUAUGGCUUUUGUUUGAAGUGCCAUUCUUAGAACAUCCAAAGGAAUCAGGAUUCUAUGGUUCAGGGUUGAACAUAACCUAGGCAGGAUUUUAGGUGUCUGUGAUUUGCUGGUUCCACUUUGCCCAGCAGGGGUGAGGGUCUCCGUGAUAUUGGGUGACUUCCUGUGGUUCUGUAAUGCCAAAGAGGAAUCAUACUUCAGGGACCAGAGCUGUCCUUUCCCAAAGCCUAGAAGUCCUAGUCAUCUUCAGAUGGACAGCCUGGUAGUUCUAGGAGGCAGACUCUCUUCUGAAUGGAGCUUGCAAGCAAGGGCCUAGAAGAUCACAGGGCUAAGUAGUGGGCAAGGGAGGGGAGAGGCUGAGGCUGAUGAGCCUGCAGUGCUCUGUGUAGACUGCUAUACCUAAU